AUGGAAGGACCCUUGCCCGAGGCAGGAGAAACCUGGAAACGAGAGGGUCAGGUCAGGGGCCGGCAGGAAAACCAGGAAAGCUGCUUGAAGCAAGAGGCCGUGGCCCACGGGGAAGACCCCGCCGGGGGCGGUGUGCGGGCGCAGGAUGAACUCGGCGGGAUCCCGGGAACCGGGUCCAGCCCUCCCCGCACCCAAACCGACAGCAGGCCCCAGAGGCGCCGGGCGCCGAGAAAGAACGCGAAGCAGAGGAAGGCCGGCUCGGGCGAGGAGGAGCGCGGGGGCGGCCCCCGGAAGCCGUGGAAGUGUGCGGACUGCGGCAAGGCCUUCAGCUACUGCUCGGCGUUCACCCUGCACCAAAGAACGCACACCGGCGAGAAGCCGUUCGCGUGCGCCGACUGCGGCAAGGCCUUCAGCCAGAGCGUGCACCUCACGCUGCACCGGCGCACGCACACGGGCGAGCGGCCCUACGCGUGCGCCGAGUGCGGCAAGGCCUUCAGCCAGGGCUCCUACCUGGCGUCGCACUGGCGCACGCACUCGGGCGAGCGGCCCUACGCGUGCGCCGACUGCGGCAAGGCCUUCGCGCGCCCCACGCACCUGGCCCAGCACCGGCGCGUGCACACGGGCGAGCGGCCGUACGCGUGCGGCCGGUGCGCCAAGGCCUUCCGCAGCCGCUCGUCCCUGCUGGAGCACCAGCGCAUCCACACGGGCGAGAAGCCGUUCGCGUGCGCGCGCUGCGACAAGGCCUUCCGCUUCUCCUCGGCGCUCAUCCGCCACCAGCGCACGCACACGGCCGAGCGGCCGUACGCGUGCGGCCGGUGCGCCAAGGCCUUCACGCAGAUCGCGCACCUGACGCAGCACCGGCGCGUGCACACGGGCGAGAGGCCCUACAGCUGCCCCGAGUGCGGCGCGCCCUUCCGCCAGAGCGCCUCGCUCGCCGAGCACCGGCGCAUCCACACGGGCGAGAAGCCGUUCGCGUGCGCGCAGUGCGGCAAGGCCUUCACGCAGGUGUCGCACCUGAGCCAGCACCAGCGCGUGCACACGGGCGAGCGGCCCUACGCGUGCCAGGACUGCGGCCGCGCCUUCAGCAACCGCUCGCACCUCGUGCAGCACCAGCUCGUGCACACGGGCGCCAAGCCCUACAAGUGCCUGGAGUGCGCGCUGGCCUUCAGCCACGUGUCCUCCCUCAGCGAGCACCAGAAGCUCCACACGGGCGAGAGGCCCUACCGGUGCGGGGAGUGCGGCAAGGCCUUCAGCCAGGGCUCCGCGCUCACGCUGCACCUGCGCACGCACACGGGCGAGCGGCCCUACGCGUGCCCCGAGUGCGGCAAGGCCUUCAGCAGCCGCUCCUACCUGAUCCAGCACCACAUCGUGCACACCGGCGAGAAGCCGUUCGAGUGCAGCGGCUGCGGCAAGGCCUUCAGCUUCUCCUCCGCGCUCGUCCGACACCAGCGCACGCACGCCGACCAGAAGCCCUACUCGUGCGGCCGCUGCGGCGCCACCUUCACGCGGCCGCAGCACCUGACGCGACACCUGGGCUCCCACCGGGAGGACAAGCCAGUGGGCAGCAGCGAGCCUGCGGACGCGGCCCCUGGCCGGCGGGAGGACGAGAGCUGA